AUGUCCUUCAACGGAAACUAUAACGGCGGUUAUCAGCCUUAUGGAAGCGCUCCACCUCAUGUGACUCCAGCUUACGUUCAUCAACCGCCAGUCCAUGCCCCACCGGUGGUUGUCGUAGAUCACCAUCACCACGGGCACCACCAUCAUCAUCAUCACAGCAUUCUCCACGAUCUUUUCCAUCAUCAUCACCAUCACCACGGACAUCAUCAUCAUCACCAUUGCUGA